GCAAAAUUGUCCUGAGGGUUGAACAGACGCGUAGAGAAACCAGAAGAUCCAGUUUCUGGUGAACAUUGAUGCUUUUCCUCUGACGUAGAUCUUCCGACUCAUCCAUUUCAUCAUCACACCUGGGUUAAAGUGCCUGAAGCUCAAUGUCUGAUAAGAACAUCUAAAGAGGAACCGGAGCAGGAAAUAAAGCAAAAGCUGAAGAAUCCGCAGCGUCUGCAUCACCUGCAGAACAAGACAAGCUGAAUUAAAAUGCUGAAAACGUUUUUUUACGUGUUGGUGUUUCUCGCUGUCUUCAGCCUGGCCUGCUUUGCUCUGUUUCUGUUUUACUCCGAGAACAGAACAUUCAUUUCCAUCAUAACAUUCAACAGAACCACGAACCCAGAAGAACCUGCAGAUCCGACAGUCCCACCAAACCCCACAGGAAGUUCGGGGAGGACUCUGGAUCCGUGCCCCGACGUCCCUCCGGGCCUGCAGGGAAUUCUAUAUGUGGAGUUCAGAACCAAGCGGACCCUGCAGGACGUCCGGAACCACGUCGGCCCGGACCUUCAGCAGGGAGGCCGGUACCGACCGACCAGCUGCAGGGCGAAACAAAAGGUGGCGGUCAUCAUCCCGUUCAGAAACCGUCAUGAACACCUGGCCCACUGGCUCUACUACGUCCAUCCGGUCCUGAUGCGUCAGCAGCUGGACUACGGUGUGUACGUCAUCAACCAGGACGGAGACGGAGCGUUCAACCGGGCCAAGCUCAUGAACAUCGGAUUUGUUGAAGCACUGAAAGAAUACGAUUACGACUGUUUUGUCUUUUCGGAUGUAGACCUGGUGCCAAUGGAUGAUAGAAACCUGUACAGAUGUUCUGAUCAUCCUAGACAUUUGUCUGUCGCUGUGGACACAUUCAAGUUCGUCCUGCCCUACGCCACCCUCUUCGGCGGAGUCUCGGCGUUGUCCAAACAGCAGUUCCGUAAAGUCAACGGCUUUUCAAACACCUUCUGGGGCUGGGGGGGUGAAGAGGACGACAUGUCGCAGCGGAUCUCUUACAGAGGGAUGUCCAUAUCCAGACCAGACUCCGUCAUUGGGAGGUACAAGAUGAUAAGACAUGAUAGAGAUUCUCACAACGAUCCAAACCCAGUAAGAGUCGAGAAACUGAGAGAAACGUAUUUUAAUAUGGGCAAAGAUGGGCUUAAUUCUCUGGAUUACACAGUCAAGGAGAUUAAGAAGAAUUUAUUAUACACUUUUGUUUCAGUGGAUGUUUAGGGUCCAGCAGGCUGAUGUGGAUCCAGAUGUUUCUGUCUCAGGGUUCAAUCAAAGCAAAACUCAACUUAAAACCAGGAGAACAAAAACU